AUGACUUUGUACUUAAAUUCUUUAACUUCUCAUGCAUGGUGGUGAUUACUAAUUAGAAAGCUCCAUCCCCCUGAAUCUCCUUUACACUAGGAAAUCAAUUGUAGUAACCCUCAAGUCAGUGUUUCUUGUGAAUAACCUUGCUCAUAUAAAGCAUCAAACCCUGAAUUGAAGAAAAGUUUUUCUCUCCAUGCAAAAAGACAAGGAAGUUAUUACCAAAGAGGGUAAGGAUAUUGAAAUGGAAGGGAAUCAUGAGAAGGAGGAAACCCUCCCACCAGGAUUUCGGUUUCAUCCGACCGAUGAAGAACUCAUCUCUUACUAUCUUACAAACAAGAUUUCAGAUUCUAAUUUUACAGGCAAAGCAAUAGCUGAUGUAGAUCUCAACAAAUGUGAGCCAUGGGAGCUUCCGGAGAAGGCGAAAAUGGGACAAAAAGAAUGGUACUUCUUCAGUCUAAGAGAUCGUAAGUACCCAACGGGUGUUAGAACCAACCGAGCCACGAACACAGGGUACUGGAAAACCACAGGAAAAGACAAAGAGAUCCUCAACAGUGCUACAUCGGAGUUGGUUGGUAUGAAGAAGACUUUGGUUUUCUACAAAGGCAGGGCUCCCAGAGGAGAGAAAAGCAACUGGGUCAUGCAUGAAUACCGCAUUCAUUCAAAAUCCAGCAGCUUCAGAACCAACAAGCAGGAUGAAUGGGUGGUUUGCAGGGUAUUCCGCAAGAGUGCUGGUGCAAAAAAGUUCCCCUCUUCCAGCCACAUCAGAGCAUUGAAUCUGAAUCCUUUUAGUCUGGAAGUUGGCCCUAGCAUUAUGCCACCACCACCAAUGAUGCACCUUGCAGACCCUGCUGCUGCUGCUCAUUUCCUUUAUGGAAGAAACUACAUGAUGAACCCUUCAGAGGUAGCUGAAGUGACUAGGGUUUUGAGAGGUGGUGGACCCACAAAUGUGAAUGUGAUGAACAUGAACUUACCAAUGCAAUACUCUCAUUUGAACAACCCAGUAGCAGGAGGAGGAGGAGAAGGGUUUACUAUUUCUGGCCUUAAUUUGAAUCUGGGAGGAACAGUUGCUACUACCACCGCACAAGCACAACAAUCCCUUUUGAGGCCAAUGAUGCCACCACCACAGCCAUCUCCUGCUCACACAAUUGCCCAAGUGCAUCAUGACUUCAGUUCCAACAUGGUGACACCCAAUAUUGCUCUUGCUGCUGACAAUGUAGGGUAUGGUGGAGAAGUGGCCAGUGCAAAUUCUCAUGGCAAUAGGUACAUGGGCAUGGACCAUUGCAUGGAUCUUGACAAUUACUGGCCUUCCUACUAAAUUGGGAGGCCAUUAUUAAUUAGAUAUAAUAUAUAGUACUUAAAUAACCGAUUGUGUGAUAUGAUUGAGUGAUAACAUUACUCAAGUAUGUAGUCAACAGUUCAAACUUAUCCGUGCCUAUUAAAACUCUUAGUAUUUGGAAGGAUUAAUAUAAUAUUUGGUUUCUGCCCGAGAGAUACAUGUGUUCACUGAAAGGAAAUAUUUAGUACGUAAACUAUAGUUGGAUCAGCUACCAUUAAUAUUUAUGCCUUUUCAAGUGUUUUUAA